AUGUUUCACUAUGUGAUCAUGGACAAGAAGCCGUUGAUCGUUCAUCUCAACGGCCCGGAAGGAUCUAGCUCAGAAAGACCAUCCGCCUGUCAAGUGACUGCUCCCUUCUGUGGAGUUUCUUCGUCAACCACUUGCUCAAGUGUGCACAGCUUGACCGCCAGUCUCCAGUCAGCCCGCGUCAAGUACGCCACUAGCAUCUGCAUCUACAAUGUCACUCACGACCAAGAGUUAUGGACAGUCUCCCCGUAUCCUUCACAUCUUCAGCCUACCACAACCCUCAUUUACAGUAAACGCCUCCGUCGAAGCUCGGCUCUUGGCCAACCUACAGACUCUCACUUAUUUCCUGAGACCGAACCGAAACUCAACAGACCCCUGACAGUUCAUCAACUCGGCACUUGUCGAGUUCGGGAUCAUCUGCUUGGCUCGCUCGAUGCCCAAGAAGGUCCAGAUACUAGUGAUCCAAGCGAAAGCUUCGGAUGUGCGUCUGUACCGGAAUUGUAG